UCAGAUAAUUCACUCAGAAUAUGCGAAUGAUGCAUCAGACUCAACGCAGCGCCAACUACGCCGAUCAUACAGCGUAGUAGUAACAAAUUUAUGAUGAUUUUAGCGGAAAUCUAGAAGUCCCAGAAACCAUGAGGAGCAGCAGUAACAGUAGAGCUGAGGACAGGAACAAACCAGUUUCUUCUUCACCUCCUCCAGCUACCGAUUCCAGAUUCAAUCAAACUCUUAGAAAUGUUCAAGGUUUGCUCAAGGGUCGCAGCUUCCCUGGUAAGAUAUUGAUUACUCGGAGAUCUGACCCUUUGGAUCCAUCAACUCUGCAUUCCCCAAACAUUGACAGGAGGUCUCCAGAGAGUGAUAGAGAUCAAAGUGAGCAACAGGACAGAUCGACUGAGAAGGAUGAACUUCAAAACAGAAGUAGCACUAAUGCCAGUUCCUCAGUUAACAAUACAAAACCUUCAAGCACGAGUAGUCAAAGCACAUCAAAAGAGAUUUCUAAGUCCAAUGUAGGAGCUAGAGCUACGGAUUCUGCUAGGCUAAUGAAGUUCACAAAAGAAUUAUCUGGGUCCUCUGUGAUCUUAGAAAAACUACGUGAAUUAUCAUGGAGCGGUGUGCCUCCCUAUUUGCGUCCAACUGUAUGGAGACUUCUCUUGGGAUAUGCACCCUCUAAUUCAGAUAGAAGGGAGGGAGUUCUGAGAAGAAAGCGCAUGGAGUAUCUUGAUCAUGUUGCGCAAUAUUAUGAUAUUCCUGAUACACUGCGCACAGAUGAAGAGAUUGGAAUGCUUCGUCAGAUUGCUGUUGAUUGUCCCAGAACUGUACCUGAUCUGUCUUUCUUUCAACAAGCUGAAGUACAGAAGUCACUGGAGAGAAUACUUUAUACAUGGGCUAUCCGGCAUCCUGCAAGUGGUUACGUGCAAGGAAUAAACGAUCUCGCUACACCUUUCUUAGUUGUUUUUUUAUCAGAAUACCUGGAGGGUACUAUUGACACUUGGUCAAUGGCUGAUCUGUCUCGUGAGAAAAUAUUAAAUGUUGAAGCUGAUAGUUAUUGGUGUCUGUCGAAGUUGCUUGAUGGUAUGCAAGAUCAUUACACCUUUGCCCAGCCAGGAAUCCAACGUCUUGUGUUUAAGCUGAAGGAACUGGUUAGAAGGAUUGAUGAACCUGUUUUAAAGCACAUAGAGGACCAAGGGCUUGAGUUUCUUCAAUUUGCUUUCCGCUGGUUCAAUUGCCUUCUUAUACGAGAGAUUCCAUUCGGUCUUGUUAGUCGUUUGUGGGACACGUAUCUUGCUGAAGGUGAUGCACUACCGGAUUUUCUUGUCUACAUAUCUGCUAGUUUUCUGUUGACGUGGUCGGAAAAGAUACGGAAGCUGGAUUUCCAGGAGAUGGUGAUGUUUCUUCAGCACCUUCCUACGCACAACUGGACGGAUGUCGAACUAGAGAUGGUGCUUUCUCAAGCUUAUAUGUGGCACACCAUGUUCAACAACGCACCUAGUCAUUUAGCUGGCUGACUCAUCUGUUUCAUAUCCCUUUGAUUAUUUGUUAAUUUUCUAACUAAUUUUGCUGUUUCUUACAAGGAUUUGUGCUGCUGCCUUCUCUAUUGUACCAUGUAACUUGCUUCUGAUUCCAUCUUUCGAAACAGAUGUGAAAAAUAUUUGCUAAAAUGGGAACUUUUGGAUCCA